AUGGCGUCCAAUCAGCAACAGGCACCAGAGACGGGCGUGCGUUGCGUCCCGGCGAGCCCAGCGGCUUGUGCCGGACAGAUCCUGGCUCUGAUUCGUCCUGGUCGCGAUGAUGGGCAAGAGAAACUACUAGUAAACGCCGAGUGGGCGAGGGAGCCAGGGAACGGGCGAGGAAGCCAGGGAACGGGCAAGAGGAGAGUUGGACAGACGUGCCCUGUUCGCAAGAUGGACAACUUGGCUGCCAGCUGUCGGCCCAACCCAGGCUGCUGGGUAUCCAAGCACAAGCUGCGACCGACCGCGCCGUUGUGCGGUGGAGGGGGACCAGUCAGGCAGCCGUCUUGGGUGGAUGCUGGGUGGGUUGCCUCCAGAGCUCGAGCUAGACCCACCGAUUCUGGAUCUGGUUUUCUUGAUCUGGUUCGCACAUGGCGCACUCAUGAAUUUCGAAAACUACCCGAGCCUGGCGCGUCUGGCUACUUUGUCGGCCCAGCCCCUGGCAGCCCGGGGUCGUGGGAGGGAGGUCAGCAGCCCAGCAGCCAUGACUGGCAAGCUGCUAAGCGCUGGCUCUCUCACACCAAGCUCCCAGGUGGUAUCGAUGGAACCUCGGCAUCUGGGCGCGGCUCGAGAAGUGUUUCGGCGCCUGCACCAUGCUUGUUCAACGGCCUAAAAGAGCGCACCGAGCUCCGCGUCCCCCGGCAUCCGGAUGGUAUAGACCCCGACUUGAUGGAACCCAAGCCUGGACUCCAAACUCGACGUGUCGGUAUCGAUACCAGAUCACUUGGGGACGGACUUGGGUAUAUUGAGCGCUUUUCGAUGAGCUGGUACUUGGACGAUGGCCUCCAACCACACCACCCGCCGUCCAGUCUGACCGAGGCCGGGGAUGGCGCUGGAACCGGCCGGGUCUCCGAGCGGGGUGCCGGCCAUGACGCGCUAGAGGCAGGCAAGUUCUCGGCCGAGCCUCGAUCCUGGGUUUGCAGUGCUCUUCUGGGUAGUCUCGGGGCCGGACCUCCCGGAGUGACGUAUAGGUCCCUGCGGAGUACAGGCAGGUAG